GCAGGUGUACCUAAUGGAAAUGGAUGUACUGUAAUGCAGGGGUCCCCAACCUUUUUUUGCCCCAGGGACCGGUUUAAUGUAGGCAUUAUUUUCACGGACCGGCCUUCCACGUGUGGCAGAUAGACAUAGCAAAAAUAAAAGAUAAGAUGGCCACCUCCUCCUCCUCCACUCUGGAUGAAGACGAGAGUUUGAAGGGCUGUGAGGUUUUUGUGCAGAAGCACAACAUCCAGCAGAUCCUCAAAGAGUGCAUUGUGAACCUCUGCAUCGCUAAGCCUGAGCGUCCUAUGAAGUUCCUGCGUGAGCAUUUUGAAAAGCUGGAGAAGGAAGAAUGCAAGCAGAUCAUGGCGCGCCAAAAAUCUAACAGCCAGUCAGACUCGCACGACGAUGAGGUCUCUCCUCCGCCGCCUAACCCGGUUGUCAAGGCCCGCCGUCGUCGCGGAGGGGUGAGCGCUGAGGUCUACACUGAAGAGGAUGCCGUCAGUUACGUGCGCAAGGUGAUCCCAAAGGACUACAAGACCAUGACCGCCUUGGCGAAGGCCAUCUCCAAGAAUGUUCUGUUUGCUCACCUAGACGACAAUGAGAGGAGCGACAUAUUUGAUGCCAUGUUCCCCGUCACCCACAUCGCUGGGGAAACAGUGAUCCAGCAAGGUGAUGAAGGGGACAACUUCUAUGUGAUUGACCAAGGUGAAGUGGAUGUGUAUGUGAAUGGAGAAUGGGUAACCAAUAUUGGAGAAGGCGGGAGUUUCGGUGAGCUGGCCCUUAUCUACGGGACUCCCAGAGCUGCCACGGUGAAGGCCAAGACGGAUCUGAAGCUAUGGGGGAUCGACCGGGACAGCUACCGUCGCAUCCUUAUGGGCAGCACUCUAAGGAAGAGAAAGAUGUAUGAAGAGUUCCUCAGCAAAGUAUCCAUCCUUGAGUCUUUGGAUAAAUGGGAGCGUCUGACUGUCGCUGAUGCUUUGGAACCAGUCCAGUUCGAAGACGGUGAGAAGAUCGUGGUGCAAGGCGAUCCUGGUGAUGACUUCUUCAUCAUCACAGAGGGAAUAGCCUCUGUUCUGCAGCGCAGGUCCGACAAUGAAGAGUAUGUGGAAGUCGGACGCCUCGGACCAUCUGACUACUUUGGAGAAAUUGCCCUGCUGCUGAACCGUCCGAGGGCCGCCACCGUGGUGGCUCGCGGUCCCCUCAAGUGCGUGAAGCUGGACAGGCCUCGCUUCGAGCGCGUGCUGGGGCCCUGCUCCGAGAUCCUCAAGAGGAACAUCCAGAGAUACAACAGCUUCAUCUCCCUCACUGUUUGACAUGUUCAAAAAGCGAUACGGGGUG